GUGAGCGGCAUGAGUCCAUUCUAAUCUUUUCAUCAAUUUUCACUCUCACUAUUUCCUGAGUCCACUAAAUAACUUCUAAGAGCAGGGUUUAUGGGAUAACAAAAAAAUUUGGCCCUUCUGCUAUAUUCUCAACAUUCCUCUCUACCCCUCCAUGACCCUUACUUAAACGCAGCAUACCAAAAUCCAUUUCUAAGCCAUAAAGUAUGGCCGGAUCUGAAGAUGGCCACCACAUCGAAAUUGUCCCAGAUGACAGUGCAUGGGCUGGAGUAGAGGACAAUGCUGAAGAUCCUGAAGAGGUUCGAGUUAUAUUCAGCGCCCUGGAUUCAUUCUUGUGAGUUAUCCCAAGAAAGCUCACUCGAGUCGGAUCAUUUCUCCUCUAGCCAAUACGCAAAAGUAUCUCACUUCAACGUCACACACCUUCGUCGUCAAGCCUUCUAUGCUCUUCCUCAAGAACAAUGGAAACUCUUGGCUGCACCUCCGUUCAACUUCCUAGACACUCUGGAGAAGACUGAUGAUGCAAUUGAUGAGAAUGCUGAGCUGGCUCGUACCAUUGCUCGUGUUGGCCUACAGUCAUUUCGAAUGAUGACGACAGAUCCCGAAGACCCUGAACCCAAGAUGCCUCAAGAAUGGGCCGGAGUCGCCAAGCACUCCGAUGUUGACAAAGCGAGGAGUACUAUUCGUCAGUUCUACAGAGAUUGGACCGAGGCGGGAGCUGCGGAGAGAGAAGCUAGCUAUGGUCCCGUCAUGAAAGCUCUUGCGGCAGAAAAGGAGAGAUAUCCGGAUAGAGCUCCUCUAAACGUAUUGGUGCCAGGUGCAGGCCUAGGAAGAUUGGUAUUUGAUCUGGUUGCGAAUGGAUAUACUGCUGAAGGCAACGAGAUUUCCUAUCACCAACUCCUCGCCUCAUCAUACAUUCUAAACUAUUGUCCUGCGGCUGAACAGCAUACUGUGUACCCCUGGGUCCAUAGUUUCUCCAAUCACCUCACCCGAGCGAACCACCUCAGAAGCUAUCGCGUUCCGGACAUCCAUCCAGCCUCCGUUCUAGCUGCCACACCUAAUGCUGGAGAAAUGUCCAUGUGCGCCGCCGACUUUCUCUGCCUCUAUUCUAAUGAAGAUCAUGAAGCACAAUACGAUGCUGUGGCAAGUGUCUUCUUCCUCGACACAGCACCCAAUCUGAUUCGGUACCUGGAGGUCAUACGGCACUGUCUUCGGCCUGGAGGUGUUCUCAUCAACGUGGGGCCGUUAUUGUGGCAUUUUGAGAACAACGCGCCUGGUACUCAUGGACAGGAUGGUGAAGCAGAGCAUGACCCAAAGAGUUCAUCAGGCAUCGCUGAUCCAGGAAGUUUUGAGCUGGCCGACGACGAAGUCAUUGCACUGUUGGAGAAGAUGGGAUUUGUUGUUGAGUGGCACAAGACUGGUGUCCAUGCGCCGUAUAUUCAUGAUCCUGAUAGUCUUUUGCAGUCAACGUAUAGAGCAAGUACUUGGAUGGCUCGAAAGCCAUUGGAGUAGGGGAGUUCAUGAUGGUCGCCAAUAUCAUCAAGGCUGACGCAGAUAAAAUAUAUAAAUAGUCAUCAAGAGGUAUUUGCCUUCUAUUUAUAUCCCCAUAAAUGAAGGGUUGUUCUUUAUCAUACAUUUCGUAUCCAUCGCCCCUACAGCUUCGACUUGGAGUCAACCAUGAGCUCGCCUCG